AUGUACCUCGAAGUCGAACGCAAAUUCGCCCAUCUAACCACCUACCCCCACCCCCUGCACCUCAUCACCACCACCACCGCCAAGAUCCGGCGCGGGGGGGACUUCAUCAACUCGCGAUUCGAGGAGCUAUCUAUCCCAGACCAGAUUGCGCACUAUGUUGCCCAGGUCACAGGAAGCAGGAAGACAGAGAGGGAGAGCUUUGGACUGAAGAAGAUGGCGGCGUUUGGGACAGUGAGGGAGUCGUGGUUGGCAGAUGGCGAGUUUGGGAUCGUGCAGGAUGUGACGGAUUUUGGACAUAUGGUGGGGGAGGUGGAGGUGGAGUGGGAAUCUGAGGGGUGUAAGGAUGGGGAGGAGAGGAUGAAGGCGAAGAUGGAAGAGAUGGAUGCCAGGAUUGCGGCGUUUAUGGGGAGGUAUUCGUGGGCGUUUUACAUGGGGGUGCCGAAGGGGAAGUUGAUGGCUUAUCUUGAGAGAGUGGGGGGAUGA